AACACAUAGUGCCGCUUUAAGAGUUUACAACCUCACAAUCAUUCCCAGACUUUGGCUUCUAGAAGUAUGACUAAGGACGAGAGGACGGACUGAAAGUCGUUUUGGGAAGUUUUAAGGCGAUUUGAAAAAAAGCGAGGCGAUAUUUCCUUCCUAGUCCCCCCUUGAAGACGAACCCGCUUGGACUCUACCGAUUUACCGCAAUAAGAAAGGAUGUAUCGAAACUUUGGGAAUCACGGGAGAGGAAACCCGGCGUAUACAGGCAGCAACUCUGGGUCAAACAACCUGGGAAGUACCAACACUACCACUACACAGCAGGAACAGAAGUUUACAAUGGCUGGCAGCAGUCAGUUUGUACCAAGCCUCAAUGCCAUCACAACCAACCAGGACCUCCAGUGGUUGGUCCAGCCCUCCCUCAUGCAUCCACCAGGCCCUUCUCGAUCUCCAGCGCCCCCCUACCCAACCCUCUCAGGGGCACGGGGCCCUCUGGGUCCACCACCUUCCCAUUCCCAUUACCUCAGACCAGGGGUCAUUAGAGCAGCUGCAUACACUACUGGUUCAACACGCCGCAGGAACGACGAACAUUUAUCCCAUGAAGAGGUGGAGAGACGUAAAAUAAGAAGGGAGCGGAAUAAACUGGCAGCAGCAAAAUGUCGCAAUCGCCGCCGGGAGCUGACAGACACAUUGCAAAGUGAGACUGACGAGCUGGAGGAUGCAAAGUCCAAGUUACAGAAGGAAAUAGCUGAAUUACAAAAGGAGAAAGACAAGCUGGAGCUUGUCCUGGAGGCUCACCGUCCCAUUUGUAUAGAGGACUCGGAUUCGGAUUCAGACCCAAAUCCAUCAACUUUGGCAGGCGUCAAACUGGAGCCACAGGAAUUCAGCAGACCCGGACCUUCGACCAAACUGCCAACUAAAAUGGAGAAGCCUAAACCCAAGAUAACCAUCCCCACCAAGCGUGUGACAUCUGCUGUCGUCACUGAAUCCGAGUCCCUCCACACCCCGGUCCUCACAACUACUCCCUCUCUCAUACCCUUCACAGCUGGUAUGGUUUUCACCUAUCCCUCUGCCUCUUCAGACACCAGCACCUCAAUCACGUGCCACGCUACAUCCCAUCAUACCCACCACUCUCAAGCCCCACAGCCUUGUGGGAUAGCUCACCGCCGCAGCAGCAGCAGCGGAGACCAAUCGGAUCACUCCCUGCACUCCCCGACCAUCCUCACCCUGUGAUUGACGGCCACGUCGUCCUGACUACAACACUAAUGUUAAUUUCAUCACGUGUGACAAAAAGGAUCUCUGGGAAGCAUGAGGGAAAUGAAAAUGAUCAUUCUGAUAACCAUUUCAAAAUGAGCUGUGUGCAUCUGCUUCAUUUCUCCUUUUUAGAAAGUUUAUCCUUUAACUUAGAUAAUAUGCAAAUUAGUGGUACUAUCAGGAUAUGAAUGUUACACUCUUUAUAGUAUUGAUAUAAAUAUAAAGUCUUUAUAUUUCUCAUUUUAAAAGCUAUCAUGUAGAAUGAGCAUGUUUGAGGUUUUUUAUGAAAGCAUUGCAUGCAGAAUUAUAGAAUUAUAUAAGCUUUCUAGAAAUAACUGUGUUAACUCCAUCUAAUGAUAUAUUAAUAGCGAUAAUUCAGUAUAAUGUGGCAUUUGAUAACUUUUUUACAUUGUUAUAUAACACUUUAUAAACUUCCUCACCAUAGGAAAUAGAGUACUUUUAAACAAAUGGUCCUUAUUUUUGUAUGAAUCUUUUAAAAAUUCUAAUAUUGUCUAUGCAAAUGAACUACCACUAAGGCUGGGCCGUAGGAGUUGAUAUAGAUUAUAUAAUCACAUAUUUAUUUUUGAGAGUGUAAUAUAUUUUUGGUAAUGUUUUCAUUGUCUCUGACAAAUGAACUGUUUUGGUGGGCAGUGCCUUACUUCGCAGACAAUAAAGAGCAAAGAUUCAUAACUGUG